AUGCGGAAAAUGAGCUCUCAGGGUAUUUCGUUGAAAGCUGUUUUUGGUCCUGGACAAGAAAAUACAUCUCCCGAUUUCAACCACGUGUUCACGCUGUUGGCGAUCGCCAGUAUCAUCUGCAAUUGCCUAGCCUACCUCCAUCUUCCAGAAAGAGGACCUUUCGACGAACUGAGCUUCGACGAGGUUCACAACGCCUUCAAGAAUCUUGCUAUCUUCCUCCGCAAAAAAUACACUGACGGUUACUUCUUUUUGCCCCUUGACGCCAAUUCCACCUCCGUGCCAAUGCACGCUCGCACCAGGGCACUGCACGUUGCACUGGAGGUGCCCUCCAAGCACAAGCGUGAAGGAAGACAUUUCACACGACUAGCCAGAAUUGCUCUUUACACUCCUGGUUCAGAGUACGUGCAUGAGUACCUCGUAGGUACCACACAGACCAAUGUAACUAUCACUGAGUCGCGAAGAGUCCCCGCGUUGAAACGCCCUGUGGAUGAGAUCGAAAUGAGAGCAUUGGACCACUUCCUUAGUCAAACUUGCACCGGAGAGUUCGGUCAAUUUCUGAGUCUGUACUACGGCGCCACUUUCAUGUAUGUUGAGGAUGGUCAAUUUGCGCUGCCAGCCUGUGUGCAGUCAACAGAGAGACAAGCUGGUCAACAUGCGGCUCCAUCCAGCUUUCAUUCUUGUCUAUUUUCCAUGUUUGCAUCUCCCAGGGUGACUUUGCAGAGGCCCAAUAGACGAGUCUCGGUGUUUCGACUGAACCGAUUUGUGCCACCGUAUAAUCAACAUCCAAUUGAUGUACACAUUGAGAUCGACCACACUGAAACUGAACAGUCAUUUUGGAGCGUCAGUGGACUGAGCAUACAGGGCCACCGAUUCCAGAGUAUCAACGAAUUCUUGUCGGUUAAACCUAGAUGGUCAAGCCUCUUUGUUCGCAAAGUCAACUUUACAAGUCCUUUUAUGGACAGUCAUACUAGGCUGAUAAGUGGUCUCUGCCCACGCGCUCAGGCAUCAUCCACCAAAUCCUUCCAGGGUAAGAUUGUGGACAAGCACAUAUCCUAUGGACCGUGGGAGUUUGAUGUUGCAGUUCGCCACGAAACUGGCAUCCGUUUCUACAAUGUCUACUUUAACCGUCAACUAAUGAUGCAUGAGGCUGGACUAGACGAAACCGUCACCAUUUAUGGUGGUGAAACACCCUUCAUGCGUGCUCUCACCUCUUUGGAAUCCAUGUUCGGUGUUGGUUCGCUGACUUCAGAACUGUCCCCCGGUAUAGAUUGUCCUGUUGACGCUGUCUUUCUCGCUGUACCCAUCAUUCCAAGUCCUUCUGUAGGUGUAAGGACAGUGCACAAUGGAAUCUGCAUUUACGCUUCAUCCGCAAACGUGCAUGAGGGCCCACUGCGUCGAUACUUUCGAUCGCAUGGGGAGAACCAAAUGCAUCCAGACUCAGGUUAUGCAACAGGGGUGGUCAAGAAGUCGCUCUAUGUGGUAACCCAGGCUGCCAUUUUCAAUUAUCACUAUGCAUUUGUAAACAUUUUUUCGCCAAGUGGAAGCUACGCUAGUUACGUGGUUCCAUCGGGCUACAUUCACGUGGAUGUGCCCGCUUCUACUGAUCACCUUUUCGGAUAUGUAUCCUCCAAACUUGAUCUGCGAUUCACCAUUCACACCCACCACUUCCUCUUCUUUGUUGACGCACUGGGAGCUAAUAACUCUGUUGAGCAGACACGGGUGUACGCAGAAGGGCAGAACGGUAAACUAGACCGCAUGAACAUGAAGGUGAUGAAGGUGAGGACAGAGCGAGAGGGUAGAUUUCAACAAAGCGAUCCAACCACCCAUCUAGCUCUCUGUUUGACUGGUGCUACAAGUGGUGCCAACUCUCAGUGUCUGCAGAUCACCAAUACUGCUCCAGUACCAUCGAUGGUAUCGCGGAAUUCAUCCCGUUCAUUCGCCUGGAUUCGGCAAAGCCUGUGGUUUACCAAGUACAAGGAGAAUGAAUUGCGCGCCUCGUCUAUUUACAACGGCGUCGACUUAACCGAUCCUGUUGUCGACUUUGCCACCUUCAGCACAUAUGAAACACUGGAUGAGGAUGUGGUAAUGUGGAUAAACAUUGGCUUCAUUCACAUUCCAGUGAAUGAGGACAUACCUCACACGCCCAGCAAGGGUAGUCAACUGGGACUUAUUCUGAGUCCGCAAAACUUUUUCCCACAAAAUCCCGACGGCCCUACAAGUACAGGCUACGUCUUCACAAUCGAUAGAAAGGAGUGGAUAAAUGGCUAUGUUGAAUCGCCGCAUCCCGAUUGUAAACUGGCCAACGCCUCAAUCGUUAAUUUGCCGGACUGA